UUCGGCCCGCGGGCCGCCCCCGAUGCGGAGGUUCUGCCGCCGGGGCCAUGCAGCAGGCGCCGCAGCCGUACGACUUCUUCAGCGAAGAGAACAGCCCGAAAUGGCGGGGACUGCUGGUCUCGGCCCUGCGGAAGGUUCAGGAGCAAGUACAUCCCAAUCUAUCAGCUAAUGAAGAGUCUCUUUAUUAUAUUGAAGAACUGAUUUUUCAGCUGCUUAAUAAAUUAUGCAUGGCCCAACCAAGGACUGUUCAAGAUGUUGAGGAACGAGUUCAAAAGACCUUUCCUCAUCCAAUUGACAAAUGGGCUAUUGCUGAUGCACAAUCUGCCAUAGAGAAACGAAAACGAAGAAAUCCUCUUUUACUACCUGUGGACAAAAUUCAUCCUUCAUUGAAGGAAGUUUUGGGGUAUAAAGUGGAUUACCAUGUGUCCCUAUAUAUUGUGGCUGUACUAGAGUAUAUAUCAGCAGAUAUUUUGAAAUUGGCUGGUAAUUAUGUUUUUAAUAUCCGACAUUAUGAAAUAUCUCAACAGGAUAUUAAAGUGUCUAUGUGUGCAGAUAAGGUUUUGAUGGACAUGUUUGAUCAGGAUGAUAUAGGUUUGGUUUCUCUCUGUGAAGAUGAACCUAGUUCUUCAGGUGAAUUAAACUACUAUGAUCUUGUCAGAACUGAAAUUGCAGAAGAAAGACAGUAUCUGCGGGAACUAAAUAUGAUUAUAAAAGUGUUUCGAGAAGCCUUUCUUUCUGACAGAAAGUUAUUUAAACCUUCUGAUAUCGAAAAGAUUUUCAGUAACAUUUCAGAUAUACAUGAAUUGACUGUGAAACUUUUAGGUUUAAUUGAAGACACAGUUGAAAUGACAGAUGAAAGCAGUCCUCAUCCUUUAGCUGGCAGCUGUUUUGAAGAUUUGGCAGAAGAGCAAGCAUUUGAUCCUUAUGAAACAUUAUCACAGGACAUUCUUUCACCAGAGUUUAAUGAACAUUUUAGUAAGUUGAUGGCUAGACCUGCAGUUGCUCUACACUUUCAGUCCAUUGCUGAUGGUUUUAAAGAAGCAGUUCGUUAUGUCCUUCCUCGUCUUAUGCUGGUGCCAGUGUAUCAUUGUUGGCAUUAUUUUGAAUUAUUAAAGCAACUGAAAGCAUGUAGUGAAGAGCAAGAAGACAGAGAAUGUUUGAACCAAGCUAUUACUGCUCUCAUGAAUCUUCAAGGUAGUAUGGACCGAAUUUACAAGCAGUAUUCACCUAGACGCCGACCUGGGUUUUAUUUUACCAGGAUUUUAAAUGUAUUUCGCCAUUGGGUUGAACACCAUUUUUAUGACUUUGAAAGAGAUGUGGAAUUGCUUAAAAGACUGGAAUCCUUCAUUUCAAGUGUAAGAGGGAAAGCUAUGAAGAAAUGGGUAGAGUCAAUUGCUAAGAUCAUCAAGAGGAAGAAGCAAGCUCAGGCAAAUGGAAUAAGCCAUAAUAUUACCUUUGAAAGUCCACCUCCACCAAUUGAAUGGCAUAUCAGUAAACCAGGGCAGUUUGAAACAUUUGAUCUUAUGACACUUCACCCAAUAGAAAUUGCUCGUCAGCUAACACUUUUGGAAUCUGAUCUCUACAGAACAGAGAUUAUGCUCAUUUUAUAUGUUUUUAAGGCAUUACAGGAAAGAAAACGGAAAAUUUUAGAUGAAGCUGUGGAAUUAAGUCAGGAUCACUUUAAAAAAUACCUAGUAAAACUGAAGUCAAUCAAUCCACCUUGUGUGCCUUUUUUUGGUAAGUUACUAAAGAUGGAUAUUAACAGGCACUCAGAGAGUGAACCAGAAAUGAGGAGGUUCUUUGAAAACCUUAACCCCAUGGGAAGCUCAUCUGAAAAAGAGUUUACAGAUUAUUUGUUCAACAAGUCAGCUAGGAAAUCAACCUACUCCUUAAAAUCUCCUGGAAUAAGGCCUAAUUCAGGCCGGCAUGGCUCUACCUCAGGCACUUUACGAGGUCAUCCAACACCAUUAGAAAGAGAACCUUAUAAGAUAAGCUUUAGUCGGGUUGCUGAAACUGAGCUCGAAUCAACAGUGUCAGCACCAACCUCUCCAAAUACAACAUCUACUCCACCAGUGUCUGCUUCUUCAGAACAUAGUGUGUUUUCAGAUAUGGAUCUCAAUAGUUCCUGUGGUAGCAAUAUCUUUAACAGUUUGGUCUUUGAAGAAAGAAAUGUGUUGCUUGAUGCUGGGAAUGAUGAUAAGAAGAGAAUGCGAAAUAGGUCGCAGAUUUUUAAGUUGAAAAUAGCAAUACUAGUCUACGCCAGAAAGAGGUCAAGGCGCGAGUCGGAGCCAGACCCGCGUCUGAGUCCGAGUGGGUUCGGAUUGCCAGCAUCACGAGGGCGCCGCAGCGGACGCUGA